GACAGCCAACCAGCCAGACAGACAACCAGCCAGCCAGCCAGUCAAUCAGCGUGCCUCAAACAGAGAUGUUCUGACCAUCAUAAGGAUCGUAACCAUCCUCUACUCUGCAGCCCAGAACAGAUCGACAUGUCCAUCAACACCUCCCAGGCCUGCUUCACCGGCAGCGUGGGCGGCGACCCUCUCUUCGUGGGCGUGUACUCCACCGUCUUCCUCUUGGGUCUGGUGCUCAACCUCACCGCCCUGGCUGUCUUCUUCUGCCACGGCAAGUCGCGCUCGCACACCAUCGUCUACAUGACCAACCUGGCUCUGGCCGACCUCCUCCUGGUCCUCACCCUCCCGGUCAGGGUGUACUACCACCUGGGCUUCCCCCUCCUCCCCCAGUGGCUGUGUGACGGCGUGGGUCUGGUCCUCCUGGCCAACAUGUACGGCAGCAUCUUCCUCCUGGCCUGCAUGUGCCUGGACCGCUGCCUGGCCGUGUCCUUCCCCAUGUCUCCCAGGGUGUGCGAGGCUCGGAAGAAGGCCCCGCUGGUGUGCCUGGGCGUGUGGGUGCUCACCGUGGGAGCCAGCCUCCCCACCUACAUCUCCCAGCGGUGGGAGAAGGGCGAGGAGACCAACGACACAAGCUGCUUCGGGAGACUCCCGGUCUACACCACGCAGCAGGUCACCCUGGCGUCCACGAUGACGGUGGGCUUCGGCCUGCCGUUGGCGGUGAUGCUGGUGUCGUCCUGGGGGCUUCUGAGGGCCAUCGGGCGCAGCGCCGCCGCCGCCCAGACCGAGCUGGUGGACAGCGGGAAGAUCCGGAGGAUGGUCGCCACCAGCCUGGUCAUCUUCCUCGUCUGUUUCCUGCCCUAUCACUGCAUGCUGGUGUUCCUCUACGUCUACAGGACGGAUGUUCCCUGCCCCCUGCUGGUGGCGUACCGCUACAGCCUGAUGUUGGCGUGCCUCAACGCCAUGCUGGACCCACUGGCGUACUACUUCACCACGGAGACAUUCAGGAAGAGGAUGGACGUGGGGGCCAUGAGGAGGAUGUUUCCCCUCCGCAACAGCAGCUCCACCGAGGUCCAGCACAAGUCACGAGGGCCGCUCAACACUUAGAGAGCUGGAGAAUGUGCUCGUGGGCCUAUCAGGGAUGAGGGGUUGUUGACAUGGGCCUAUUGGGGGAUGAGGGGUUGUUGACAUGGGCCUAUCGGGGAUGAGGGGUUGUUGACAUGGGCCUAUCGGGGGAUGAGCGGUUGUUGAAAUGGGCCUAUCAAUGCCUGAAGAUCGUUCACACGGGCCAAUCAGGGCUUUGAGAUUGCAAACGUGAACCAAUCGUAUUUUCCGGUGGCUUCUCACUGUGCCUUUUUUUCUUCUACUUCGCUUUUCGCUUCGAUUUGUAUAGCCCUUUUUACACACAAGUUCUAAAUAUGAAAGAGAGGAGCAGAACACAGGCUUAACAUAGUCAUACAGCAGGGAAGUGUCAAUGGGUUUUGAAACAUCAAAAUCCAUUGUUCAACUUGGUAGAUAUAGGAAGGGACCGGGAAACUCGCUGUUGCCCAUCAUGGAGACUGGUUUCCGGUUGGCGACCAGGUCCAGCGUUGGCAAACCGACAACCAGGCAGGUGCUGACAGCUCAAACCCCCCACACCACGGGAUGUGUGGAGGGGGGACAGAGAGAGGAGAGCAGGGAUUAGAGAAUGUCAGGAACAGCUAACAGGAUAAAUGAUAUGGGGUUCAUAAAAGCACUUUAACGAUGCAAGGGUUUUGUAAAUUGACUUCUCUCACAUGAACUAAAAGUAAGAGGAACUCAAAGAUUGCAAUCAUUUCACGUUUGAGGUUGUUGGUUGGUUGACACCUCAGGCUAAUGAUAGGCUCUCUCUCUCGCUGUGUUUCCAAAAUUGGGGCUUGUCCUCGCUGCGAUACAAGACACUGGAUCUGGAAGCGUAGCAAGCGUGGGGUCUGGAGAUGAUGAGAACACGGUUGAGCUCAUGCAGGGUUGGUUGAGACGGGGAGAAACAGCGCUAAAGCGUGGGUGGCAAUACCCACUCGCUUCGUCCUCGAUCUGUGUAACACGUUCUCAAGCAGGGAACUAGGGAGAGAAACUAGGUUGUUCACACAAAAUGUCUCCAGUGAAAAAACAGAACCAACAAUAUCACCGCCAUCUCUCUUUGUGAAAGCAGGGUGUUCCGGGACAAGACCACGGGAACAACCACCUACAGCAUUACAUUACAUUACUUUAUUACAGGGUUUAGGUCAGAUGCAGCGCAACAGACUGCAGAGUAAGAGGUUGUAGGCAGAAAUACUCCAUCCAGUAUGUUGCUUUGGGUAACAGCGUCUUUUAAAAGAAUGUGUUAAUAUCACAUACUACGUUUUGGGAUGUAUGUUGCAUUCGAGACGCGGUUGGUGUCUUGUAAGUGGCUGCACCCGUGAAAAUGGUUGAGAUUGCACUUUAUUCAGAUAUUAUUAUUGUUGCUCCACUGUGCCUGGUAGCUAAGAUGUGGGAACAUUGUGCUGUGCAUCAUAAAUACUGACCACCAAAAUACUAUUAGAACUCUGCAUUUCUGAUCCUUGAUUUAUGCUUUACUUUCUAUGUGCGCUAUUUCUAUGUCUCUUUGGAUCAAAAACAUCCGCUGAAUGAAUCAAAUGUAAAAUAAGUUAAUGGUUCACUUUCUUAAAUGGCAGACUAUUUUUUUUUGCAACAGUCUCUCCUGUCCUGUUGAUAAGCAACACUUCUGCUCUAAACCCGGGCUUCUAAAUAUGCACUGAGAGUAAAUGAAUACGUUGAGAGCCUAACUCUACUUGUUAUUUAUAAUGUUAAAUGCAUGAACUCAGAAUGUUUCAUUCUUUUAUUGUAGGUUAUAAAGAAUAUAUUGUGCUUAUUAAAGUUAUGCAUUGUGCUUAUUAAAGUUAUGAACUUAGAAGUGUGCUCAGGCUUAAACAUUGGGUCUCACACUGGGUGUGGAAAGCAGGCUGUUGUUUGUGUUUCUAUCUCUUCAUUUUCAGAAACAACCUUGAAACCGGGUGGAGACGGCACCCGAGCAGGUGGGACGCGUAGGCAAGAACAACUCCCUGAUGCACGAGAGAACAAGCUCAACCCUUUUUUAAUACUUGUGUGUUUCAAUUGCACUGUAUAAAUAUAUGCUGGGGAGGGACAGAUAGCCAGUUGGACUUCGUGAACCAGCCCAAACUCUGUUGCGGGUAGGGAAACU